GUAAUAAAAUUUAUUCGCACAUUUCUAAAAACCACGGGUCGUAUUUGACUUGUUUUGUCUCCAUUUAGAGUAAGAGGUGGCCAAUGAUCUGCCUGAUCAGAAUAAUGUGGCGUUUGCUCCGAUUCGGUUAGCUGACCUGAGUACCCGGCUGUCAGUAUCUCACAGCGGUGACAACUAUAAGUAAAUUGCUUAAUCCCGGCCGCUGGGUUCCACACAACCGCCAAAAUGUUUGAGGAGGCGAGUGAAGUCUUUGAAAACAUGUUUAAAUCGUCAUUUCCCCUAACGUUUAUCGUGUUUAUACCUGCGGUGCUGAUCCUGGUGUCUCCGCUCCCGGCCGAGGCUGCACACGAGUUCACGGUGUACCGCAUGCAGCAGUACGACCUGCAGGGACAACCCUACGGUACUAGGAAUGCCAUCCUGAAUACUGAGGCCCGUACCAUGGAGGCUGAGGUAUUAAGUCGUCGCUGUGUCAUCAUGCGACUGGCAGACUUCUCCUACGAUAAGUACCAAAAAGCCCUGCGGCAGUCAGCAGGAGCUGUAGUCAUCACUCUGCCCAAGAACAUGUCUGCUGUGCCUCAAGAUAUAGUGCAGCAAUUUAUGGAGCUGGAGCCGGAGAUGUUGGCCACUGAGACCAUCGUUCCUGUCUACUUUGCUGUGGAGGACGAUGAGUUGAUGUCGAUCUAUACCCAAACGCAGACCUCGUCAUCCUCGCAGGGCUCCUUGUCAGCAGCUGAAGUGCUGCUGCACACCGCCACAGCUAAUGGAUUUCAGAUGGUCACCAGUGGAGCUCAGAGCAAAGCCGUCAGUGACUGGACCAUCACCAGUUUAGAGGGUCGGUUGGCUGGAGCUGGAGGAGAAGACCUGCCUACUAUAGUUCUGGUGGCUCACUAUGACUCCUUUGGCGUUGCCCCAUGGCUUUCAUACGGCGCUGACUCAAACGGCAGCGGAGUGUCCAUGUUACUGGAGCUGGCUCGUCUCUUCUCCAAACUUUACACUUACAAGAGGACACAUGCUGGGUACAAUCUGCUGUUCUUUUUGUCUGGUGGUGGAAAGUUUAACUACCAAGGCACCAAACGUUGGCUGGAGGAGAAUCUAGACCACACAGACUCCAGUCUGCUGCAGGACAAUGUGGCCUUUGUCUUGUGUCUGGACACUUUGGGAAACGGAGACUCUCUGCAUCUCCAUGUGUCCAAACCUCCUAAAGAGGGAACUCCACAGUACACUCUGCUCAAGGAGCUGGAAACAGUGAUUAGCAGUCAGUUCCCAGACACUAAGUUCUCCAUGGUCCAUAAGAAAAUCAACCUGGCCGACGACGUGCUAGCCUGGGAGCACGAGCGUUUCGGGAUCCGCCGCCUGCCGGCCUUCACUCUGUCCCACCUGCCCUCGCACCGCCUGGCUCAGCGCUCCAGCAUCAUGGACGUCCGGUCAGUGUCCCCCUUCUCUCGCCAUGGAGCAGGAGAGCCCCCUGCUGGGCCGCACGUUGAUGUUAGUAAACUCAGCAGAAACACAAAGGUGGUGGCCGAAGCACUGGCCAGAGUCAUAUACAAUCUCACAGAAAAGGGCGGUCCUGGAGACCUGCAGAUCUUUACUGAACAAAUGCAGGUCCAGGAGGAACAGUUGUCUGCUGUGGUUGACUGGCUCACAGCGCAGCCACGAGCCGCCCAGCUGCUGGACAAAGACAGCAGCGUGGUGUCCACUCUGGAGUAUCACCUCACACGCUACCUCAAAGACGUCAAGAGACACUACGUGAAAGCUGACAAAAGAGAUCCAGAGUUUGUCUUCUACGAUCAGCUCAAACAAACCAUGAACGCUUACAGAGUCAAACCUGCUAUUUUUGACCUGCUGCUGGCCGUCUGCAUCGCCUCCUAUUUAGGAUUGAUGUAUUUCACAAUCCAGAACUUUGGACUCCUGUACGCUUUCGUCCGGAAAAUCACUCAGCCCAAAACCAAGGCCCACUGAGCUGACGCCAGUCUGCUCCCUCUCCCACCGUCAGUCCCUUCUUCCCUCUUUUGAAUCAUAAGAACUCAAGCCAGUAAAGAACACAGGUGCUGCUGUUCUCACCACCACCACCACAACAACAACAACAACAGCAGCAGCAGCAGCAGCAGCAGAGUCACCUCCGCGGCCAAAUCCAGAUCCACAGCUAAUGAUGUCAGAUCCUCUCCUGCUGCCACCUUCAUCCAUCUGGUCUCACAGACCGGUAUUCAGGAACCGUUUUCUUCGCCCUCGUCCACACGUUGUCUCUUAUCAGUACGACAUUCAAUGAUUGGACUAAAUUAAUUUAAAAUCUUUUGUUUUGUCAGACUUCAGAUGUAUCAAAGUGAGGGUUUGUUACAGAGCCGAUUGCUCUUCAUUCCAUUCCUCACUGUGUGAUUGCAGCCGUUGUUCAAAAGGAAAACUUUUUACAACGGGGAAAAUAAAAAGAACUCUGAUCACAGUCUCACACUCUCCAGAAAGUUCGUACUUCACACGGACACAAACGUUUUUGAUCUGUGGCUGCAAAUCAACAAGAACGUCUGAACAAAUGUGAAACGGUUUUGUUUUAUGCAAUAGUUGUUGUUGACCUACAGAAGAGAUCAAAUUGGGGAGGAAAAGUUGCCAGAUUUUCAUCAAGCGUGCGUCAGCCCAUACUUCCAUCUGACGUAGUGAUACAGAAAUGACAGCUUCUCUUUUUUGUGUCUCUUUUACAGGUUUUUUUUUUUAUGUUGCUGUGAAAAUUAAAGUCAAAUAAGAAUUGAAUCAAUAUUGUUGAAAAUCGUAAGAAAAAAAGAAAACUAAAGUUACAAAAGGUCACAUGCAACAAUCGGGUGUUUCUUGUCUAAUCGUAUUUGCUGUGUGAAGAGUCCAAGCCAACGCACCACAAGAUAAAAAAUCCCCCUUUACUCCUGCAUUAUCAGCACUGACUGAUAAUGGAGGAGCAGCACAGAACUCCUGCAGAUUUGUCUCCUAAACCGUUUCUGAGGUCAAGACACCAGGCAGUAUUGAUACACUUUGCUCAACAGAACCACGACGAACGCUGACCUAAAAUCUAAAUGUCAAACACAGCCACGGUUUGAGCUUCGUUUGUCGUUGUCUUUUGACUUUUCUGUCCGCCCUGCUCUGGUUUUUCGUCUCGUGCGUUGAGCGUUUCCUUCUCCACCGUUUUUGUAUUUAUCAGGUGUAUCGGUGUCGGCCAGCCUGAGACGAAGAACCUCGUCUUCAUCAACAUGAGGGGAAACACCGUGGUGCAUAUGUGUGUGUUGUUGUUUUGUGUUUUUUUAUUUAUUGAAACUGUUCUCUUUUGUGCACUGAGAUGAACUCUUCUGGUGUCAACACUUGAUCUUUGCAAUGGAAAUGAUAUUGAUUAAAAAUAAAAUGAUUGACAGAAGACUUGUUUUUUUUUAGGACACUUUUUUUUAUUAUUAUUAUUAUGGUAUGGGAGGGAGGAAUAAAGUAUAACACUGGUUUAAUAAUGGUUAACUGUUUUACCAAAGAGAGACUCUUUGUGUCGUCAGGUGAUUUAAAAACUGAUCAGAUUGAAGAAUUCAUGGGAGCAAAAAAAAAAAAA